AUGAAGAAAAAACUGAAAAAAGAGAAAGAAAAUAACAACAAGAAAUGGAGCCAACACAAGAAGCGGGACAACCAGUUGUUGGGCCGUGGGCUGUGGGCCUGUGGCCGUGGAGGUGGCAAGUGGGUGACUCGCUUUCCGACUGGUCGGAACGAAGAUUGUCGCAGCGUUCAGGCAGGCCUCGCAGGCAACCUUGUAGUUACUGUGGCUGUGAUGAAUAGUGAUUUGGGAGGCUUAGGUGGCAGGCCUACAAAUCCACAAGCAAAUCCUUUUGGAAGUGCCUUGCAUGGUGCUGGACCAGGAUUGAUCCGUACUGGACUAGAAGCAUAUGGGGGGAGGUUCUUAGAUUCAAGUUCUGAGUUUAUGCAGAGCAAUAUAACACAAUAUUUAUCCAACCCUCAGUACUACUUUCAAGUCAACAGCCAGUAUGUGAGGAACAAACUGAAGGUCAUCUUGUUCCCUUUCUUGCACAGGGGUCACUGGACAAGAAUAACUGAACCAGUAGGAGGAAGGCUGUCCUACAAACCUCCAGUCCAGGAUAUCAAUGCACCAGACUUGUACAUCCCUUUGAUGGCAUUUGGCACCUACAUUAUAGUUGCUGGGUAUGCUUUGGGUGUUCUUGGAAGGUUUACCCCUGAGGCGCUGACCCUACAGUUCUCUAAAGGGAUACUUGGCUGGUUUCUGCAAGUCAUCCUCAUCAAGGGUCUGCUGUACUCCCUGGGCAGCGGUGAGGCUCCAUUGCUGGACGUCGUGGCGUACGCUGGAUAUGGUUUCGCUGGCACUUCCAUUGCGAUGCUAGCCCGCAUCUUCUGGAGCUACCUGUACUACUUCAUCAUGCCAUGGUUCUGCAUCUGCACGGGAGUCUUCCUUGUGAAGACCAUGAAGAGGGUUCUUCUGGGCGGGCUAAGGAGCUACGAGAGGCACCCCAGCCGGAACCACUACUUCCUGCUCUUCUUGGCGGUUGUGCAGUUCCCUAUGCUGUUCUGGCUCAGCAGCAUCAGCGGCUGA